AUGAUAUUUCCUAGUUUUAUUGAAUUUCGUUUGCCUUCUUUCAUUGUUCCUAUCCGUACAGGUAAUAAUGCCUUUAACGAGCUACAGAAACUCCACGCCAAGUAUGGACCAACAGUGAGCUUUCGCCUUUGCGGAAACUUUAUUGUUGUCUUCAGUGACAUGGAGGGGAUUCGAGCAGCUGCUCUAGAGCGCAGAUCCUGGAUCGGUCGGCAUACAAUGCUCACAAAUCACAUCCUCGCUGGUGGCCGAGGCAUCUCCAACUACGACGGCGAAAACGCCAUUUCCCUCAGGCGCAGUCUGGUACGAGCCAUCCACACCCUCCUGCCCUCCAAAGUGAAUGCGAAGGCGCCCCAGCCUGAUUUCGAGUCGGCCAAGCGUUUGGCGGCCACCACAGAGGUGCUCAAUAGUUAUGCUGAUCUACAAUUGGACAGCAAGCUGGAUACGGAGUGCUCCAAGCUAAUCAACUUUUUGACGUUAAAAGCGGGCGAACCCGUUACUCUCAAGUAUGUCGUUGAGGUGAAGUUUCGUUCCUUCCUCCUCACAUACUCAUCCCUGGCUCGCAGGAUUGCUGGUGUUGAGGAUAUCUGGAAGAGGUACCACCGAGUGACCGAUGUACUCGGCGAGACCGUAGACGCAGCACUUAGGGAGCAGAAACUGCCCUCAAACUGCCUUCUCGGCCAGAUCAUGGGCAUCCAGGGAAAGACGAUUGUUCGUAAGUUUCGUCACCUUGUUCCUUCUGUUGACGAGAUUUUAGUUCCCAGGUUCGUCCGGAUUUUAUGUUCCCGCCAUUAA